AUGGCAGUGAUGGAACCCAUCCAAAUUCUACCAGAGGGAGAAGGCCCAGGGCUUCAACCUUUCGAGCACGACAUCCUCAGCGACGACUUUCAGUACCUCGAGGUUCUAGACCGGAAGACAAGCCAUGGAAUAAUCAUCAAGGCUACAACGGGGAAGCGUCUAUAUGCUAUCAAGCUGUUCAUCACCCAAGAAGCCCCCGAGGUCGACUACGACCAAUGCUAUUCCGCAAAUGGAGAAACCGCCUGGGAUUGCUGCGAUGCAUUUGAACGGCACUUCACACCAUUCGAAAAGGAGUGUCGAGCGUUUGGGAGACUCCAAGACCUGGGCUGCCAACACCUCGCUGUGCGAGCCCAUGGCUAUGUCAGUGCCACAUCGACUCAGGUCAAGGUGAAGUUCGGGUCAAUCCAAGCUAGGAUGCAGUUCCACGACCGUGUUCAACAUAACAUUCAAGAACCCAUGAUGGGCAUUGUCAAGGAUUGGGUUAACAUGGCACCGCACGAGGACGAGAAACUACGACGAGUGCACGAUCGACUCUACCAGGUAUUUCACAUCCCACAGAUGAUAGAGAAUCUUAACGAGCUUCACAAGAACGGAAUUGUGGUGAGAGACGUACGGAGCGAACAGUAUGUCAACGGUGUACUUGUCGACUUGAGCUGUUCCGAGACAGCUCCUCAUCCCUACGGCCCAACACUAUCCGGCGAACCCUCCAAAUAUCAACCUCGCUGGACGUUUGCAAGUCUCGCAGCAUGGGAUCUCUAUGCGUUCCAACACUCUAUCAUCUGUCAAUGGAACAAGCACGCCGAGGCCUGGGUCAAACGACUAGGACGGCCCCAAGGACUACCCAUAUUCUGCCCCUUCGAGGCAUACCCCGUCCCCUACGCUAGUGAAGAGGCUCGGGCUAAGCAUGAACGGCCGUAUGGGCCUUUUCUACCGAUGCUGACUUUGUUUGACCAGACUCCCUAUUUGGUGAAGCCUGCGCGGUGGGAUCCGCUUGAGUGGGAGACGAACGGAGAUGAAGACAAGGUCAAGAUUCGCAAGAUCACAGGGAAAACCAAGGAAGAUUUUGUGGAAGAAGUUGUUGAAGGUUUGGAGAAACUGUGGUCAGACGAGAGUGGAAAUUCCAGUAGUUUAAGUCACUAG